AUGUCGACUUUUGGCACCCGGUCGAACAGUCGGCCGUCAAGCAAAGAUGGAUCCAAAAAGAAUAUCUGGUCGUCCAUGUUGGAUAAUGUUGCAAAUGGGAAGCGCUUGCCGGAGAAGAAUUUGUUGAUCUUGGGAGGGACACCAGAGAGCCAGCGAGAAUUCCUAGAGACAUUUUCCGCAGAUACAUCGGAGCCCGGUCUAUCAAAUGACAAGCGCAAAGGGAGGAUACCGCCAAUCGCCAAUCAGUUCGCACUGGGAUACACAUACCAGGAUGUGCUGGAUGCUGAUCAAGAAGAUACCCUUGCACGAGUCUCCGCAUACCUCCUCUCCGAACCCUCACCGUCCUUUGCCCCCCUCCUCAAGCCGCUCUUGACCCCUCAGUCCGUCCCGGAAACAUUGGUCGUGAUCCUGCUGGACUGGUCAGACCCGUGGACAUGGGUCCGGCGACUGAGAGAAUGGAUCCGUCUCCUUCGCCAAGUAUUGAUUUCGCUUGAUGACCCGACGAAGAUUGCUAUGGAGGAAACAAUGGUCGAAUGGAGGGAUCGCAAGAGGGCUAUGGAUUCGAGUUCCGCGGGUGCGCAGGGACUGACCAGCUCUGGGGGACCGGUUACGAUACCUCUGGGGUCUGGUGAAUGGGAUGAGCCGCUGGGGAUUCCGAUGUGUGUGGUGUGUCAGGGGGCCGAUAAAAUCGAGAAGCUCGAGAAAGAGCACGGUUGGCACGAGGAGGAGUUUGACUUUAUCCUUCAGUUUAUGAGAACGAUUCUUCUCAAGCACGGCGCAUCACUCAUCUACACGACCCCAUUCCUUGCGAGCUCAUUACAAAGCCUGCUACACUCCUCCCUCGGGAUACAUUCGCUCCUCAAAAGACAAUCGCUUAAACAUAACGUUAUCGAUCGCGACAAGAUCCUGGUGCCCUCAAACUGGGACUCGUGGGGCAAAAUACGGAUUAUCAGAGAAGGCUUCGACAUGGAAGGCGUAUCAACAGCCUGGUCAAUUGAAAUCCAAGACCCACCUGAGCCGCUGAACUACAACGAGUCCACGGAAGAAACACCACAAGAUGCUACCGAAGCAGAGGAUGGCUCUAGCGCAGUAGCAAUAUUCGAGCAAACGAUCAAAGACCCUAAGCGGGAUUACUCGAUCGCACCCCCUGGUCGGCAACAUAGCGAUAACAAGGUGGAAGUCGAGUCCUCGGAUAUGCAGAGUUUCCUUGCGAAGCAACUGGAAGUUCUGGAGAAACAGAAACAGGAGGAUGAUAAGGAUAGGGAAGCGCACCAGAUGCCUCAGAUGGAAAUGUCACCUCUGGAUAACAACGGCCGGGUCAAUGAGUAUAUCGGUCCAGUUGAGUAUAACAAGGACGGUAUUCAGGUGGACGUCGAUGCCUCGUUGCAGGGUAUAAAGGAGCGAGAAGCCAAACGAGGAAAAGAAGCACUGGUUUCCUCCGGGGACGAGAAAGCACACAAUCAAGCGCUCGCCGAUUUCUUCGCCGGCCUGGUCCGCAAGCCCCAAUCUCGCGGAAGUCCUUCAACAUAA